AUGCAUCUGGAAAAGGAAGGCAGCAGGUUGACCUCCGGGGCCCUGGAAGUGGAGCUCCAUCAGACGUCUGCUCCCACGCCGACUGGCCUGGGACUCGCCGCCGGCCACCGGGGGCCACAGCAGGGAGGCAGCGGGGUGGGCCCCUUGAGCCCGUACCCCAGCGGGCCGGCCGGGCAGAGCUGCUGGGCUCCUGUGGGCCAGGAGUUUGGUUCCUUCCUCACGGAGCGGAGGUCUCACGCGCCUGUGCCCCAGCUCGUCAGUCCCCGGUGCCGAGAGCCCUGCUUGACGGAGAGCACUCCUUUGCUGAGGAAUUCCUCACAGGACAAAGGGUCGCGGAGCCUGCGCGUUUACCCGCCGGAGUUCGUCACUGCCGAGGAUUCUUGGGACAACAGCUCAGCCGAGUGGGAGGGGAGGUCGCUGCUGGGCAGCGAGGCAGCUGCUUCCUCCAGAUCCGCCUCCUCAGACAAGGGGGACCUUCUGGAAGGUGCUCACGCCAGGCUCCGCCUUUCGAAGCUGAGGCGCUGUGCGCGGUGGCUGAAGGUCAUAGGCCUGUUUGCCUUCGUGGUGAUGUGCUCCGUCGCGUUCAGCCUGUAUCCGGACGAAGGGAAGGUCUGGCAGCUGCUGGCCGUGUCGCCACAGGAGAGCUACUCUGUGAACCUCAGUGGCCGAGCUGACUCCACGCUGCUCCAGGUGGACCUGGCAGGGGCCCUGGUGGCCGGUGUCCCGAGUCGUCCUGGGAGAGAAGAUCACGUGGUGGUGGAGGUGACCCAGGCCGAUGCUGCUCCCGGCUCCCGGCGGCGGCCACAACAGGUCACUCAUAACUGGACGGUAUUUUUAAACCCACGGCGGAGCGAGCGCCUGGUGGUCAGCCGGACUUUUGAGGUUCCGAGCAGAGAGGGCGUUUCCAUCAGCAUCCGCGCCGCGCUCCAGCGGACGCAGGUCGUCCCGCUGCUGGUGGCGCACCAGCACCUCCGCGCCAGCGUGGAGGCCCAAGUGACCGUCGCCGCCGUCAUCCUCGCCGGUGUCUACGUGCUCAUUAUAUUCGAGAUCGUUCACAGGACGCUGGCAGCCAUGCUGGGCUCCCUGGCGGCCUUGGCGGUGCUGGCCGUGACCGGCGACAGGCCCAGCCUGACCCACGUGGUGGAGUGGAUUGAUUUCGAGACCCUGGCCCUGCUGUUUGGCAUGAUGAUCUUAGUAGCCAUAUUUUCCGAAACCGGAUUUUUUGAUUAUUGUGCUGUAAAGGCCUACCGACUGUCGCGGGGCAGGGUGGGGGCCAUGAUCAUCAUGCUGUGCCUCAUGGCCGCUGUCCUGUCCGCCUUCCUGGACAACGUCACCACCAUGCUCCUCUUCACGCCUGUGACCAUAAGAUUAUGUGAGGUGCUCAACCUUGAUCCAAGACAAGUCCUGAUUGCAGAAGUAAUCUUCACGAACAUCGGAGGAGCUGCCACCGCCAUUGGCGACCCGCCGAAUGUCAUUAUCGUUUCCAACCAGGAGUUGAGGAAGAUGGGCGUGGACUUCGCAGGAUUCACAGCGCACAUGUUCGUUGGGAUCUGCUUUGUUCUCUUGUUCUCCUUUCCACUCCUCAGACUUCUUUACUGGAAGAAAAAGCUGUACAACAAGGAGCCCAGUGAGAUCGUUGAGCUGAAGCAUGAAAUCCACGUGUGGCGCAUGACCGCGCAGCGCAUCAGCCCGGCCAGCCGCGAGGAGACGGCCGUGCGGGGCCUGCUUCUGAGGAAGGUGCUGGUGCUGGAGCAGCUGCUGGCUCGCAGGCUGCAUACCUUCCACAGACAAAUCUCACAGGAAGAUAAGAAUUGGGAGACCAAUAUCCAGGAGCUACAGAAAAAGCACAGGAUAUCGGACAGGAUUCUGCUGGCCAAGUGCCUGGCGGUGCUGGGUGUCGUUAUACUCAUGUUCUUCCUCAAUUCCUUCGUCCCCAGAGUCCACCUCGAUCUCGGGUGGAUCGCUAUCCUGGGAGCCAUCUGGUUGCUGGUUUUAGCCGAUAUCCACGAUUUUGAGAUAAUUCUGCACCGUGUGGAGUGGGCAACGCUUCUGUUCUUUGCGGCGCUCUUCGUUCUGAUGGAGGCGCUGGCGCACCUGCACUUAAUAGAAUACGUCGGCGAGCAGACCACUCUGCUGAUAAAGAUGGUCCCAGAGGACCGGCGCCUCGCAGCCGCCAUUGUCCUCGUGGUCUGGGUCUCGGCGCUCGCGUCUUCCCUGAUGGACAACAUCCCGUUCACGGCUACAAUGAUUCCCGUGCUCCUGAACCUGAGCCAGGACCCGGAAAUCAGCCUGCCCACGCCGCCGCUCAUGUACGCGCUGGCCCUCGGCACCUGCCUCGGAGGGAACGGGACUCUGAUGGGAGCGUCGGCCAAUGUCGUCUGUGCGGGGAUCGCGGAGCAGCAUGGCUAUGGCUUCUCGUUCCUGGAGUUUUUCAGGUUGGGCUUCCCGGUGAUGGUCGUCUCGUGCACGGUGGGCAUGUGCUACCUGCUUGUGGUUCACAUCGUCAUGGGAUGGAAUUAA